AUGUCGGCACCUCUCUUUGUGAGCCAGCAACUGCUUCGUGGGCAAGCCGCAUCCACUCUGCGACGAGCCAGCCCCGGCGUCGCCGCCAUCCACCCCUCGACUUCAGCGUCAGUCCUCGCACGCUCUUUGCAUGCCCAGCCGAAUCAUUCAAUUGCGCCAACUUCGCAUGCCACUGCCUCCUCCAAGCGAUGGCCACUCAGGACUCUCGGUGGUGGGCUGAUGGCUGCCGGUGGAGGCUGGUACUACCUCGGCAACAACGAGAUGCACCAGCAGAAGCAGAGCUUUUCGGUCUACGCUCCUCUCGAGUCGGAAGCAGCGGGUGGCAGCAAGGUCGAGGGAUCGUCUACGCUUUUGCGGCCCGCGUCUCCCGCUGCGCCUCGACGACAGACUGUCACGCUGGUCUUUGUGACGUCGCAAUCUACCGGUCAAGGGCUGGUCAAGAGCCUCGUCUCCAACCUGGGGGGCGGGUCGAAUGAAAGGGAGAAAUGGUUCCCCUGGAUCGGCUACUUUCGUGAAGCUGGCUACGACUGCUUGCAGAUGAACCUCGCCCUGCCUAGCAGUGACAAGGAUGGCGCUGACACGACCUCGCACGCGGACGUGGGCAAGACCACCGCUCGUCUGGCAGACGAGCUGCACUCGCAGAUCAGGCUCAGCAACCUCCAACGUCAACCGGUGCUGUUUGUCCAUCAUACAGCCGACUCUUCGUCGACCUCCACCGCUCAAAUCGUCAGCUCGUACAUCGAGCCCAACAGCAGCGGUGGUAGCAGUGGAGGCGGAUUUCUGAGCAAGAUCUUUGGCGGCGGAGGCAUGUUUAGCGCUCGACCCGCGAUUUCUGGUUUGGUGGUGAUUUCGGAUCUUGACGACGCUUCCGCUUUGACGCUGUUUGGCAAGCAUCCGAAGCUGAACACGCUGAUCGUGGCGAAUGGUGGGGCCAAUACUGCGGCUCACCAGGGCAAAGUCACCGUGAUGGACGCCAAUGGUCAGAAGGACGACAAAAUCAUCAAGGAUAUCGAAAGGUGGCUUAUCAAGGAAGGAUACGAAGGCUGA